CUAGCAGGUACUCACAGCUACAUUUGGAUUAAUCCUGCUCUUCUGUUCUGGGAUAUCUCAGUGUUUUGUGUGGGGUUUGCUGAUGCUGUCGUCUGCUCUGGUUGAUCAAUGACGGCUUUUGUCAGAAAUGGCUUUCGUGUCGUGGAAGGAGAUUGUUCUUUUGACUGGACUGGUGGCGGGAUGCUACUGGAACAGUCUGUCAUGUGGGUUUGUGUUUGAUGAUGUCUCUGCCAUCCUGGACAACAAGGACCUCCGGCCCGCAACCCCUCUUCACAACCUUUUUCUUAAUGACUUUUGGGGAACACCUAUGACUGAGGAGCGAAGCCACAAGUCUUACAGACCCCUGACAGUACUCACAUUCCGACUGAACUACCUCUUCAGUGAGCUCAGUGCAGCUUCCUACCACCUGCUCAAUAUCAUUUUACACGCUGCUGUGUGCGUUCUCUUCCUGCGUGUUUGCCGACUGUUCCUGGACAAGACCUCCGGUUUGGUGGCGGCUUUGCUGUUUGCUGUUCACCCCAUCCACACGGAGGCUGUCACUGGAGUGGUUGGUAGAGCUGAACUUCUGUCCUCCAUUUUUCUUCUGGCUGCUUUCUUGUCGUACACAAAGUCAACAGGUGCAGAUCAUUCUAUUGUGUGGACUCCCAUCGCUCUUACUGUGGUGCUGGUGGCUGCAGCAACACUAUGCAAGGAGCAGGGCAUCACAGUGGUCGGCAUCUGUUGUGUUUAUGAAGUGUUUAUUGCACAAGGGUUCACAUUACCCAUGCUGAUGGACACUCUGCGGCAAAUCCUGAGAGGUAAAGAUGGUUUCCCAUACGCUGUCCUGCAAACUCUGCUGAAGCUCAUCGUCCUCAUCAUCAGCACUCUGCUGCUCGUCAUAAUCAGAGUUCAGGUCAUUCAGUCCCAGCUUCCUGUCUUCACGAGGUUCGACAACCCAGCAGCCGUCAGCUCCACUCCCUCUAGACAACUGACGUUCAACUAUCUCCUUCCUGUGAACGCUUGGCUUUUACUGAACCCUUCAGAGCUCUGCUGUGACUGGACGAUGGGCACCAUUCCCCUGGUCGACUCGGUUCUAGACCUCCGGAACCUGGCCACCCUGGCGUUCUACGUUUUACUGGGACUGCUUGCCCACCACGGCCUUCGCUAUAGACACAACUCUGCCAAGGCUGUCGUGAUGGCUUUGUCCUUCAUGGUCCUGCCGUUUAUUCCAGCGUGUAACCUCUUCUUUCCGGUUGGUUUCGUUGUGGCUGAAAGAGUUCUUUAUGUGCCCAGUAUGGGAUUCUGUGUUCUUAUUGCACACGGGUUCAAGAUCGUCUCAAAUAUAGGACAAAUGAAGAAGAUUUCCUGGCUGAUGAUCGGAGUGUUGUUAACCACUCAUGCGGUGAAAACAUUCAACAGAAACUGGGACUGGGAGUCAGAAUACACUCUGUUCACGUCUGCUCUGAAGGUUAACAAGAAUAAUGCCAAAUUGUGGAACAAUGUUGGGCAUGCUCUAGAGAACCAGAACAGUUACGAAAGAGCUCUGAGGUAUUUCCUUCAGGCCACCCGUGUCCAGCCAGAUGAUAUAGGCGCUCACAUGAAUGUUGGAAGAACCUACAAGAACUUGAACCGCUCCAAAGAGGCAGAAGAAGCUUACCUGGUUGCCAAAUCCUUAAUGCCACAGGUUAUCCCUGGUAAAAAGUAUGCAACACGCGUGGCCCCCAACCAUCUCAAUGUUUACAUAAACCUUGCCAACUUGAUUCGGGCCAACGACUCCCGGCUGGAAGAGGCCGACCAGCUCUACAGGCAAGCCAUCAGCAUGAGACCAGACUUCAAACAAGCCUACAUCAGCAGAGGGGAGCUGCUCCUAAAAAUGAACAAGCUGACAGACGCUCGGGAUGCCUACCUCAGAGCCUUGGAGCUGGAUCGCAACAACGCAGAUCUGUGGUACAACCUGGCUAUUGUCAACAUUGAGAUGAAGGAGCCAGCUGAGGCGCUGAAGAACUUCAACCACGCCUUAGAGCUCAGCCCUCGCCACAAGCUGGCUCUCUUCAACUCAGCACUGCUCAUGCAGGAAUCUGGUGAGCCAAAAUUCUGGCCUGAGGCCAACCGACGCUUCCUGAUGUAUGUGGAGGAAGAGCCAAACGAUGCCAAUGGCUACUUCAACCUGGGCAUGCUCGCCAUGGACGCCAAUGAAAACACUGCAGCUGAGCGUUGGAUGCGUAAAGCCAUCAGCCUGCAGGCCGGCUUCCGCAGUGCCCUUUUCAACCUGGCAUUACUGUACUCGCAGACCAAACGAGAGACGGACGCUCUGCCGGUGCUGGACGAGCUGUUGCAGCACCAUCCCGAGCACAUCAAAGGCCUGAUCCUGAAGGGGGACAUCCUCAUGAACCACAAAAAGGACACCAGAGGAGCUAAAACCUGUUUUGAGCGCAUUUUGAGCAUGGAUCCCACCAACGUCCAAGGCAAGCACAACUUAUGUGUCGUCUACUUUGAAGAGCGAGACCUACCCCGGGCUGAGCGUUGCUUAGAGGAAACUCUGGCUCUGGCACCAAACGAGGAGUAUGUGCGCCGCCACUUGAGUAUUGUACGCAAUAAGAUGGCUGCCAUGAGCGCAGCAGGACACGCUCUUUCUUCAGAAAAGGGAGCGUCGGUCUCCUCCGCUAAGGAGGAAAAGCCACAGGGCGUGAAGGAAGCGGCUGACGAGACUGCUGUGGGUGCAAAGGAAGGGAGGAGCGCCGAGGCUGUUGGAAAGGCAGCAAAGGGGGAGAAGAAUGCGCGGAAAUCCUCCGGUGGGGCGGCAGACCACUCAGAGCCUUCAGAUGGUAGCCAGUCGGGCGAGAGAACUACAGCCAAGUCCACUAAAGAUAUAAAAGAUAUUGAAGAAAAAAGGGCAGCCGCCCUGAAGAGACUAGAGGAGAUUGAGCGUAUAUUAAGUAACGAUUGACAAAUCUUUACGUUUUAUGUGACUAUUUUACAGAGCUGUUCAAUGCCCGUAAACCUGCUUAGAAAUGUGUAUUUCUAAUUCAUUUCUUUUUUUGUCUUUACUGUGUUAAGACUGGCAGGGAGGCUGCUGGAUGUUCGCCGGUGGUUUUGAACACUAGAGGGGAGGGAGUUUUGCUUUUGACUUUUUCAUAAGAAGCACAAACCAGAUUGGGAUCACACCUUGAAAGACAAAUAUCACCAUCUGAGUUUGGAUGUUGCAUAUCUGCAGUGGAAGGGAUUGUUUGCCAUGUGUACUUAUUGUUUGUCACUGGAUUUUAUUCUUGUCUAAACAACAUGUGAGUCUCUCUACUGAUGUUGUUUUUAAAAAUGGAAUGAUUGUUUAGUGAACAAUUCUAGGAAACGACACGUUGCCUGGAUUUCCUCUAGACAGCAGUUUGAGGCUGUAAAUAACCCCCCCCCCCCUCCACCUGACCAGCCUACCUUCCAUUAUAGCGGUUGAUAUGUAUGGACUUCAUUUUGAACGGUGUUAUUUCACUGCAGCCCUCUUUGGUGGUUUCUGCAUAUGGCUUGGACCAUUUGUUUUACAAGACUGUAACGAUGACGCCGCCUUCCUAACACUAAAUGUUUUCCCACUGGAAAGCUCCUUCCUUCUCACUGAGCUCUCCGUCGUCGCACUCCAAAAUGUCCUGUCUUACUGUAUCUGAAGCAACUUUCUACUUUUUAUAGCAAGCUUUAUAUUCUGGUGUCUCCAUUGAAAACUGUUUUUUUCUUGAUCAAAAAUACAUUUAUCUACUCACUUAAAAAAAGUUGAGUUUAUUCAUUAAAAUGUAAGUUUUCAAACUUUAAAGUUUCUCCUGCUUGUUUUUUCCUAAGACGUUUGUUUUCUUUUUCUGAUCAUAAAUCUUUUACAGUUGUUUGGGCUUUCAACCUUUUCUCUGCAGUGAAGAAGAGCAGACAAGAUGGCCAAAGCAUUUUCUGCUCUACAGCCAUCAAUGACACCCCUGGUAGUCAUAACCUUUGCAUAAGCCACCAUGUCAUUUUGGCAGGGAGACCGUCUGGACACUCAAAUUCAUAUAAAUUAGGCAGAAUGCAAGCUGCUGGUCAUGUCUUCAGAGCUCCCAUGACCCUCCGCUUUUUUUCUUCCCCUCCACAUUUGUUCCAAGCAGAUGACCCACUGCAGUUCUCAGUAGAGGAUCCACACAAAGGCUGAUUUCUGUACGUUAGGGGUUUCAGAGGUACUAAGCAGUUUUGCUCUGCGUCGACUUCUACUGGGCCUGAAAACCUUUUGCAGGUAGAUUUUCAGACUUUUCUACCCAGUUUUAUUUAUUACUUUUAUACUUCAUGUAUGACUAAUUCUAGAAAUGUGCACAUAUAUGUAUUUAAGACUUGUGGUGGUAAAUUUUCAUUUCCUUUGGAUGGUGUUUUUUUUUCUUCACAUUUCAGAAACGUUUUUUCUUUCAAAUAUUCAAUGUUGAUGUUAAAUCCUGACCAUUAAAGUUUGGGAAAGUGGA